UCUUCUUGAUUUUGUCAGAUCUGCUCCUCCUCCUUCAGUGAAGCUCCUCCCACUGCAAUUCACCAAUAAAUGCUGGAAUAUUCCCAUCAGUCUACAAGUGAAGACGAGCAUCAAUCCAUCAGGAAGAGCUGAAAUCUGCAAAGACAGAGUUUAUUGAAGGACAGUGAGAAGAUGAGAGAUCCAGAACACUGCAGAAUGAAACACACUGAAGAACAAAGAGACCUGGUGGAGGAGAAUGGGGAGAGUGAAGAGGAGAAGGAGGAACAUCAUCAUGUCAAAACUGGAGACAAAACUCGCUCACAAACUGAAAGUAUUUCUGUACUGAAUAGAAGAGACAAGAAACGUUUCACCUGCCGUCAGUGUGGAAAGAGAUUGAAAUGCAAAGAGAAUCUCUAGAUGCACAUGAGGAUCCACACUGGAGAGAAACCGUUCACAUGUGAUCAGUGUGGAAAGAGUUUCACUCAUAAAGCAACCCUUAAGGAACACAUGAACAUCCACAUUGGAGAGAAACCACGCGAAUGUGAUCAAUGUGGCAAAACAUUUUUGUGGACUACAGGCCUGAAGAACCACCUGAAAGUUCAUUCAAAGGAGAAACCACAUGUUUGUUCUUUGUGUGGAAAGAGUUUUAAACUGAAGAAAAAAUUAAAAGAUCAUCAGAAAAUACAUACUGGUGAAAAAGCUCACAUGUGCUUUGAGUGUGGGAAGACUUUUAGUAGAGCUGAACAUUUGAAAGUUCAUGAGAGAAUUCACACUGGAGACAAACCUUACAAGUGUUCACACUGUGACAAGUGCUUCAGUCGGUUAGGACAUCUGACAACACAUGAGAGGAUCCACACUGGAGAGAAACCUUACAUGUGUUCACACUGCAACAAGAUAUUCAGUGAUUCACGACAUCUAAAAACACAUGAGAUGAUCCACAUUGGAGAGAAACCUUACAAGUGUUCACACUGCAACAAGAGAUUCAGUCGGUCAGAACAUCUGAAAACACACGAGAGGAUCCACACUGGAGAGAAACCGUAUCACUGCACUGCAUGUGGGAAGAGUUUCAGUCAAUCAUCUUCUCUACGCAGACAUGCAAAAAACAAUCACUGUAUAUAGAUCAUCUUCAGAUCCAGCACUUCAAGAUCUGAUACCGCGUCCUCACCAAACAUGAAACAGUUAUGCGUCAAGUAAUAAAAUCUGUCCUAGCCAGCCAACAGCAAUCAACAAGCCAAAAAAACAUCAUCUAUUAAUGUCACAGUGAAUAAAGUUCUGCAUAUGUAUCACUUAUAGUUUAAAACUUUAUGAAGAAAAGGUUUUUUUUUCCAUGUACAAACUGUUCUUUCUGUAAGACUUUUAAGAGAGACAGAUUAUUCUUAACUUGUUCUUUAUUUUGUUUUUAAAACAACUUUUUUAACUUUCCUCUUAUAAUGUAUUUUGAAAACACAUGCAAAAUAAACUUCAUGUAGCUUUGCAAUUGGCCUUCUUCACUUUUAUUCUCUUUAGAUGCUUUGCUAUCUUCAGGGCUGGUGCUACUUAUAGGCAGAGUAGAUAAUCACCUAUGGCCUCUGGCUUUGAGGAGCCA